UCAUAUCGAUUGUAUUUCCUUGGGUGUUUUACAACUGAUUUCCAUUCAAAAUCACCGUUUUUCGCUUAAGUUCAGUGAGUGAUUCCAUCGAGCAGUUGGUGGGCAUACCUCGCAGCAUCGCGCAUUUGCACCUUUUCUAAUUCGGCAACUCAUUUUGCUGAACGAUUUCCAGCAGCGAUGCUACCCCGCUUGGCGUCGCUCUCACCCAAAGCCUCUCAUCUCCUCUCCCACUUACGUAAGAGCUCCAAUUCCCUUCUUCACCAUUCAAAACGUUUCAGUUAUUUCCCGCAGCGCUAUGCAUAUUCAAAAUGCCCCAUGUCAAUGCAGAGAAAAGCUAGGCAUUUUUCCUCCGCUUCCGCUGAGGCUCUAUUAGAUACAAAUUCGACUGGUUUGAGUAAACGAAUGUCGAAAAAGUUGCGUAGACACGCCCCGGAUACGAUUCUGCGUGUGAAUCUUGAUCGAUGCUCGAAAAACGGAGACUUGGCCGAGGCCCUUCGCCUCUACGAGGAGGCGAAGGCCGACGGCGUUGAGCUCAAUCAGCAUCAUUACAAUGUGUUGCUUUACUUGUGUUCUUUAAAACCUGAGGGUGGAGAGAAUUUUGAUAGAUUUGAUAAAGGAUUUGAGAUUUUUAAGCAAAUGGGAGUUGAUAAAGUUGAUCCAAAUGAGGCAACAUUCACUAACAUUUCUAGGUUAGCAGCUUCAAAGGAGGAUCCUGAAUUGGCUUUUGGUUUAGUUAAAAGGAUGAAGGAUCACGGGAUCGCGCCCAAAUUGAGGUCGUAUGGGCCUGCAUUGUUCGGAUUCUGUAAGAAGGGGAUGGCAGAUAAGGCUUAUGAGGUGGAUUUUCAUAUGCUGGAGUGUGGGGUAGCUGCGGAGGAGCCUGAGCUCUCCGCGCUCCUCAAGGUUAGUUCUGAUGUCGAGAGAGACGGGAAAGUGUACGAAAUGAUGCAUAGGUUGAGGGCAACGGUGAGGCAGGUGUCGGAGGAGACUGCAGCUGUGGUGGAGGAGUGGUUUGGUUCGAGAAAGGCUGGUGAAGUUGGAGUUGGGAAAUGGGAUGUCGGGGGCGUGAAGAGACGGGUUUUGGAGGGAGGGGGCGGAUGGCACGGCCAGGGAUGGUUGGGGAAGGGUGAUUGGAGUGUGGUGAGGACUAGGAUGAGUGAGGCUGGGGUGUGUCAAUCGUGUGGAGAGAAGCUCGUUUGCAUCGACAUUGAUCCACAGGAAACGGAGAAUUUUGCCAAGUCGCUUUCUAAAUUAGCCUCUGAGAGGGAAGUUCAGAGCCACUUUGCACAAUUUCAGGAAUGGCUUCAACGGCAUGGUCCAUUUGAUGCGGUGGUUGAUGGUGCAAACUUGGGUCUUGCUAAUCAACGUGUGUUCAAUUUCGGUCAGGUCAGGAGAGUCGUGAAUCAGUUGUGUCGAAUCAGCCCAACGAGGAAAUUACCCCUCGUUGUUCUACACCAAGCACGAGUCAGAAGUGGUCCGGCUCAGGAAAUUAACAACAAGAGAUUGUUGGAAAGCUGGAAAAACGCUGGUGCACUUUACGCAACACCUCAGGGUUCAAACGAUGAUUGGUAUUGGCUGUAUGCUGCUGUGAGUUCAAAGUGUUUGCUUGUGACAAACGAUGAGAUGAGAGAUCACUUGUUCAACCUUUUAGGCAAUAGCUUCUUCCCCAGAUGGAAAGAGAAGCACCAGGUCCGAUUAAAAUAUUCCAGUGAAGAUGGGCUUACACUGCACAUGCCACCACCAUAUUCAAUCGUCAUCCAGGAGUCGGAACAAGGCAGAUGGCACAUACCCACUGUCACCGGAGAUGACCUUGAGGCCCCGAGACAAUGGAUUUGCGCGACAAGGGCAAGACCGGACAUAUAGCUACUUUCCGUCACUAGCAACUAGAACAUUCUUUUAAGAAGAUAGUGGCAAAUACUACCAUACUUGUGGAUUAAUUUAUGAAUGAGUUGCAGCUGUCUUUGAUAUAUUAACAUUAUAUUACAAUCUAAUAGCAAUAACAGAACUCUAA